AUGGCGGAACAGGAGGUUAAUGGAGACGGCGGCCUCGAUAUCUGGGAUAUGCGCCAGGUGCUGCUGUCCAAUUCGACCAAGCGACGGACUGCUGAGCUCCAUACACUCCACCACAAGCUCGUGAGUCGAGGUAGGUGUUAGGCUCUCUGUCUGCUCUAUCUUUCCCAUGGUUCUGACGCGAGCAUAGAAAUCCCCUUGUCCCAGCUCCCUGCUCUCUUGCACGCUCUCUUCGAUACGCUCCCUCUCUACGUCGAUACCCGAUCUCGCCAGGCCGUGGAAACAUGUCUGUCCGGUAUUGCAAACGCGCCGGAGGCGUCGACCAUAUUGGCAGGAUUUGUUAAGGAUCUCCAGAAAGAGUCGACCAAGGGAGCCAUCGCUCCCGCAAAUGCCUUUGUGCUGGUGCGAUGGUGCUCGCUGUUGAUACAAGCGUCCGCAAAAGAGAAGGAUUCAUGGCAUAUCUGGGGCAAGACUGCAGUUCAGCCUUUGACCAAUGCGCUCAACAUCUUGCUGGCAUCGCAGCCAAAGGAGAGCACUUUCGCGACGGCUUUCAGAGUCAGCCGCAGGGCGUUUCGCGCGGUCUUGAAGGCACCGUUUGGCCCAGAAGCGAUCACCGAGUGCAUUGCAGCUCUUGCAGCAAAGGGACCCACGCCUACACCGAAGAAUGCCCUUCCGCUUGGAAUUAUUGCGGGUGUCUGUCGAAGAGUGCCUGGCAAGGAAACGGUUGUGGAAUUAAAAAAGUCGGAAUACUUCGCGUUCUACCUGCGCGAGAUGUUGGGCUCCAAAACACAGCAACCUGCCUACGUGGGAACUGCACUUCACGAUUUCUUCGCUUCAUACGUCACUGCAGAGGAUCUCAAGAAGGAGAUCGUACCUGCUGUGGAAAAGUCUCUCUUGAGAGCCCCAGAGGUUGUCUUGAAUGAUCUUGUGGCUCCCGUGAUCAUUGCAUUGCCUGCGGAGUUAGACUUGUCUGAUCCCCUAGCAUCGAACUUGCUGAAGCCGCUUCUCGCCAACAUCAAGUCUACGAACACAGCGAUCCGCGAAGGUGCUUUGCGAACGUUCAGGGCAUUGGCACGGCGAGCACAUGACGAAAAGUUGGUCUUGAAAGCGGCAGAUGAAAUCCUGACGCCUUUGAAGACAAACAAAGUUACUUCUGCAGAACAACGCGUAGUUCAUGCCGACAUGCUAACCGCACUGCAGCCAAGCCAAGCGCUCGCAUCAAAGGUGCCACAAGGACUUGUCACAGUCGCGACCAAGGAAACCAACGAACCCGCUGCAUCGGCAGAAAUAAGCUGCAUAGGCUCGUACACUCGCUUCGCUCUUACCAACGGCAUGAAGCCUGAGACGGCGACAAUUGAUGCAUUCAAUAAAGGGCUGGCAGAGAAGCGCCUUCCGAUGCGCCGUCUCUGGGCUUUGCAGCUUGCGGAAUGCAUCUGGUCCGUCGAUCAAGACACUCUCAGCAACGAGGCCACUGCUACUUUGUUCGAUUCUUGCGUCGGUAGACUCAUUGAUGUGUUCAGUGAGGUCAACUCUAACCCGUUGCCUGCCGUACAGAACGGCCAGGUUUCGGUGGCCUUCGCUGCUUCGGCACUCUGUUUGGCAAAGGCACCAAGCAUGCCAUCUCUGAAGAAUGCGUCCAUUGUCAAGAAGGCGAGCGUUGCGGAGAAGGUCUUGACGCUUGAACCAAAGCCUUCAUUCCUGCUGAAUCCACGAGUGUAUACCAAGCUCACGGCAGAAGACGAUCUAAGGUGGCUUUUGCGAACUUGUAUCUCCGUGUGUCCCAAGCUCAACAGCAGAGAUGGCCGAGAACCCGAAGCAAUAAGCUGGGCACAAGCGAUCAUCUAUUUGAUCGCAUCGACAAAUCUCCCGCCUAAAGUGCGUAAAGAAGCAGCGCGGGCUCUACAGGAUCUUUACGUUGCCAGCCAGACGCUCACUGCCCAGGUCGUUGCCAAUGGGCUUUGGCAAUGGUGCGAAGACAUAGAGCUAGAAAACAAAGAUAGUGCGGCGAUCGCAUCCAAGACUGGGCGCAAUGAGUUAUUCAAAGUCGUACGCUCGGUCUGCAUGGACUCUGAGACUGCUGCCAGAUUAGGAGCCGCCCAGGAUAAGGAUGUUCUGGAAACGCAGCUGAGAGCCCUUGUGGUUCUAUGUCGGCCGCAGUUGGUCCCAAAUGUGCCGUGGAUCGAGCUUUGUCUACGUACUGGAACAGACCCUGGUGGUCUGGCUGAGAAACACUCCAGAGACUGCCUUGUCCGGAUACUGGAGGUCACCGAGAACCCUGUCUGGAAGCCUCUGCAAGCGUUCCAAUCUGCAGCGUGCGGUGCUGCAGCAGAUCUCGCGUUCGUGGCUCCCCGAGUGAUGACACCGCUCGUGGUUGCCCAGAUUUCUCUCGACCUCGAUCCUCGACAGCUGGACGAUAUUGGGCCUACUGAAGCGGCCAUCUAUCGAACACCAGAAGGUACUGCUUUUGUGGAUGUGCUCUCGAAACAGGCACCCACCCGACAGAUCAGCAAGGGAGACAAGGAUUACGACACUCUCAAAUGGGAAGAAGAACUCAGGGCUCAGAUUGCCCAAAAGAAAGGCCAAACUAAGAAGCUCACAGCAGAUGAACAAGCCAAAGUCAAUGCUCAGCUGAGAAAAGAGUCUGAGAUCCGCAAUCAUGUUGCAGAGGUAGAUGCUAGACUUCGGCGCGGGAUCGGAAUCAUCACUGCACUCGCUACCGGCCCACCGACUGAGGCGGAAGACUGGUUUGGCGAAUCCGUGAAGUUGCUGUUCGAGGUAAUCCAAGCUGGUGCGGCUCUAGUGCUCGGAAAUGCCGCAUCUCUUGGAUAUCUCCAAUGUUCGGAGAAGACAUCGGCGCGUCUUGGACCUUUGCGACCAUUUGUAGGUGUGGCCACAUUGAGAGCAGCGGGCGUCACUAUGCUGCCAGAGAAUCUCCUCGCAGAACCUCUUGGGGAUCUAGUCACGCGGUUGCUUUACAGACUCCGCUUUUUGGGAGAGCAGCGGCCCUUCGAGACAGUGACAUUGAGCUACAUUCUUGCGUUAAUAUUCUUGGUUCUUGAAAACGGAGGCAUCGAGCGCACAGCUGGCGAGGAAGCAGACGAACAAGUGAUUCUCGCCAUUGAGUUCUUGUCCUUCCACACCGGAGCUUGCGAGGAUACACGCCUUCCUCGAGAGAAGCUUUCAAACACGUUGAUUGCAUCCAUGCUGAAGUACACGCAACACUUCAAGCCUCUGAAGGAUUGCUUUGCCGACCUCUGCCGCUACAUAGCACCCAACAUGAACGAGUCAGAAACAGACACAAUCGUGAAGGGCGCGAUUGUGUCCGACAGUUCUGUCCGAAGUGCGGUUCUACAAGCAAUUAGCUCUGAGUUGGAAUUGACAGACCGUGAAUUCUACGAGGAGAUCUGGCUAGCUUGCCACGAUGACGACGCAGAGAACGCGAGCAUUGCGCACGAAAUUUGGGAAGAGAACGAACUGAAGGUCGUGGAGGGCGCAGCAGUUCGAUGCCUGCCAUAUCUAGAGUCAAAAGACUCUCAACUUCGAAGAGCAGCCGCACGAGCUGUUGCCGCGGCGAUUAGGGACCGCGCUACGUCGUUUGCAGACGUCCUCAGCAAGCUCCAAGAUGCCUAUGUCCAAGCUGCCAAACCGAAAAAGCCCGAGCUGGAUAGAUACGGCAUGCCUGUUAAGAAAGACAUGUCAGAUCCUUGGGAAGCUAGACACGGGUACGCGCUUGCUUUCAGAGAGCUGUCACCGAUAUUCCCGACAGAACAGCUGCUACCAUUCUUGAACUUCAUGAUCGAGAAGGGUCCGUUGAGUGACAAGAGCACCGCUGUGAGAGACAGCAUGGUCGAUGCCGCAACUGCAAUAGUGUCGGAUCGCGGCAAAGACCAGGUGGAAGCCCUCAUGACGCUUUGCGAAGACACGCUGGCCCGAUCAAGCAGCAAUCAGGAACAAGAUCUUGUCAACGAAGCCGUUGUUAUCUUGUAUGGUGCUCUUGCUAGACACUUGCCACAGGGAGAUGAACGCAUUCCCAAAGUCGUCAACAGACUACUUUCAACACUUAGCACUCCGUCGGAAUCGGUUCAAUACGCGGUUGCUCAAUGCCUACCGCCGCUGGUCCGAGCCUCCAGUGGACAGGCCACCCAGUAUCUUCAGCAGACAAUCGAGGAAACACUCCAUGCCAAGAAGUAUGCCGCCAGAAGGGGUGCUGCGUAUGGCGUGGCUGGCAUCGUCAAAGGUCGCGGCAUCGCUAUUAUGAAGGAGACACGACUGUUGUCAACUCUCAGGAGUGCUACUGAGAACAAGAAAGAUUCGAACGAACGUCAAGGUGCUUUUCUCGCCUACGAGCUCCUGUCACUUCUCUUAGGCCGCGUGUUCGAACCCUAUGUGAUUCAGAUUGUACCACAAUUGCUGGGCGGGUUCAGCGACAACAGCGCGGAUGUGCGAGAGGCCUGCUUAGACGCCGCGAAGACGUGCUUCUCAUCCCUGAGCUCGUUUGGUGUCAAGCAGGUAUUACCGCAAUUGCUACAAGGGCUGGACGAUCAAGCAUGGCGAAGCAAGAAGGGUGCUUGUGACUCUCUAGGCGCCAUGGCGUACCUCGACCCGCAACAGCUAGCAGUCAGCCUGCCCGACAUCAUUCCGCCGCUCACGGAAGUGCUCAACGACAGCCACAAGGAAGUUCGAGCCUCUGCCAACCGCAGCUUGCAGCGUUUCGGAGAGGUCAUCAGCAAUCCAGAAGUCAAGAGCCAAGUCAACAUCCUCCUGAAAGCUCUCAGUGACCCUACCAAAUAUACCGACGAAGCACUGGACGCGCUCAUCAAGGUCAAUUUCAUUCAUUACCUCGAUGCCCCAUCGCUGGCAUUGGUAGUCCGAAUCCUGGAGCGUGGCCUUGGAGACCGAUCAGCAACCAAGCGGAAGGCUGCACAGAUCAUUGGCAGUCUUGCACACCUUACAGAGAAACGCGACCUUACAUCUCAUCUUCCGAUCCUGGUUGCUGGUCUUCGCGUGGCCGUCGUCGAUCCUGUGCCUACAACUCGAGCCACUGCUUCGAAGGCCUUAGGCUCAACGAUCGAGAAGCUCGGCGAAGAUGCUUUGCCAGAUUUGAUCCCAAGCUUGAUGUCCACACUCAAAUCAGACACAGGAGCUGGCGACCGUCUUGGUUCUGCCCAGGCUCUUUCAGAAGUGCUGGCUGGUCUGGGUACAGGUCGUCUGGAAGAGACGCUUCCCACCAUCUUACAGAACGUAUCGAGCUCGAAGUCCACUGUCCGCGAAGGCUUCAUGUCCUUGUUUAUCUUCUUGCCCGCUUGCUUCGGAAACAGCUUCGCCAACUACCUGUCCCGGAUCAUUCCACCUAUCCUGGCCGGGCUCGCGGAUGAUGUUGAGUCGAUCCGUGAGACUGCUCUUAGAGCUGGUCGGCUCCUCGUCAAGAACUUUGCGUCUCGUUCCGUUGAGCUGCUACUACCUGAGCUCGAACGUGGCUUGGCUGACGACAGCUACCGUAUCCGUCUCAGCUCCGUCGAGCUUGUUGGAGACCUUCUCUUCAAUCUCACUGGUAUCAGUGGCAAGGCAGAAGCAGAGGAUAUGGAAGAGAAUGCCAACGAGGCUGGUGCGUCUCUGCUGGAGGUACUGGGCGAAGAGAAGCGCAAUCGCGUACUCUCUGCGCUUUACAUCUGUCGCUGCGAUACCUCUGGUCUUGUGCGAACAUCGGCCAUGAACGUCUGGAAAGCCCUCGUUUCGUCGCCGCGUACGCUGCGUGAACUCGUUCCAACUCUCACGCAACUGCUCAUCCGCAGGUUGGCUAGUUCGAAUAUGGAGCAGAAGGUCAUUGCCGGCAAUGCUCUCGGUGAACUUAUUAGGAAAGCCGGAGAAGGCGUGCUGGCAACACUUCUGCCCACUUUGGAAGAGGGCCUGCAGACCUCGACAGAUACAGAUGCCCGACAAGGUAUCUGUAUUGCUCUGCGUGAGCUGAUCACCUCCGCCGCACCAGAUUCGCUUGAAGAUUACGAGAAGACGCUCAUCUCAGUUGUUCGUACUGCUCUGGUGGAUCCAAAUGAGGACGUCAGAGGGGCUGCUGCUGAGGCGUUUGAUUCGUUGCAAAAGGUUCUCGGCAAGCGUGCUGUUGAUCAGGUCUUGCCUCAUCUGCUCACCUUGCUCCGCUCUGAAGAGGAGAAAGACAAUGCUCUUUCUGCCCUGCUAACGCUACUCACGGAUGCGACAAGAUCGAACAUCAUCCUGCCCAACUUGCUGCCUACGCUCAUAACUUCGCCAAUCUCAGCAUUCAAUGCGAAGGCCAUUGCUUCUCUCGCCGAGGUAGCCAGCUCUUCAAUGACCAGAAGAAUACCGAACAUCUUGAACGCACUGAUGGACAACAUCAUAUCUUCCAAGGACGAGACCCUCAAGGCAGACCUAGGAGCAUCAUUCGAUACCAUCUUACUCUCUGUCGAUGAGUAUGACGGCCUCAAUACCAUCAUGAGCGCAAUGCUUGCUUUGGCCAAGCACGAUGACCAUCGCAGACGCGCCGCAGCAGAUCUACACUUGGCGAAGUUCUUUGAGCAGACGGACAUCGACUUCUCUCGCUACUACCCUGAUCUCAUCCGCGCACUCCUCAUUGCAUUUGAUGACAGCGAUGCGGAAGUCGUUAAGGCCGCAUGGACGGCGCUCAGUGCUCUGAUGCAGAAACUGAAGAAGGAAGAGAUGGAGUCGCUCGUGGUAUCAACACGGCAGACCCUCAAUCAAGUUGGCGUCGCUGGCCAUGCGCUGCCUGGGUUUUCUCUGCCCAAGGGUAUCAAUGCCAUUCUUCCCAUAUUCCUGCAGGGUCUUAUGAAUGGUUCGGCCGAGCAGAGAACACAAGCAGCCCUUGCGCUCUCAGAUCUGAUCGACCGCACCAGCGCAGAUGGUUUGCGACCGUUCGUGACACAGAUUACGGGCCCGCUCAUCCGUGUUGUAUCUGAACGCUCAACUGAGCUUAAGGCUGCGAUCUUGUUGACGCUCAACAACUUGCUAGAGAAGAUCCCGACAUUUCUCAAGCCUUUCUUGCCGCAGCUGCAGAGGACAUUCGCAAAGUCCCUGGCCGACCCAUCGAGCGAAGUGUUGCGAUCAAGAGCCGCCAAAGCACUCGGCACACUUAUUACGAUGACCCCACGAAUUGAUCCUCUCAUUGCCGAGCUCGUGACUGGAUCCAAGACCACUGACGCUGGAGUGAAGAAUGCUAUGCUGAAGGCAUUAUACGAGGUCGUGAGCAAGGCCGGCUCGAACAUGAACGAUGUCUCCAAGAACUCGAUCUUGGGUCUCAUCGACUCCGACUCAGGCGAUGCGGACGAUUCGCUGAACAUCACCUACGCCAAGCUUCUGGGAGCUCUCAUCAAGGUGCUGCCUGCGGAGACUGCCACGCCAUUGCUCAAGGGCCGUGUUCUGACGAAAGACUUCUCGCAUUCGUCUAUCCUCGCGCUCAAUGCUGUCUUGAUCGAGGCACCAGAAGCACUGACGGAUACUUUGGACGAUAUCACGCGAAACACCUUGGUGCUUGGGGCCGGGCAUAGCCAGCCGUUCAUCGCGGCGAAUGCCGUCUUAGCAGCGGGCAAAUACCUCUUGACCGAGAGCGGGAACAAGAGCUUCGAAGGAACGAAGCCGAUUCUCGAAGCGCUGAAAGCCGCUCUGGACCCGAGCAAGCCGGUGGACACCCGUCGUCUCACCCUCGUGGUCCUGCGCACCGUCUCGCGCGAGAACAAUGAGCUCCUCCGUCCCCAUCUCGGACUCAUCGUCCCGCCCGUCUUCAAGCUGGUCCGUGACCCGGUCAUCCCCAUCAAGCUCUCCGCGGAAGCGGCUUUCCUCGGCAUUUUCCAGGUCGUCGAGGUCGAAGGCGAAGUCUUCGAGAAGUACAUGACGCAAGGACCCGGGAAAGAGCUGGGACCCGGCGAGAAGCGCAGUAUGCAGGAGUACUUUAAGAGAAUCGCUUUGCGGCUGAGUGGGCAGGCCCGGGAGCGGAGGGAAGCGGAGGGUGGCGCUGGGGGCCUGGGGUUGACGAGUGAUGAAGUUGAGGAUGAGAGGGAGGUGUGGAGUGUAGGCAGGGUGGAUCUGGGAGACUCGGUGGGGUUUGCUUAG